AUGGAAGCCAUGCUUCCAAGCAUUGUUGAUGCCCGCAAGCUGGUUGAAUUUCACAUUGAUCAUCUGGCGUGGCAUCAUAAUUGCUUCCAUGCUCCAACAUUUCUCGAAGAGUGCAAGUUAUACUGGGCGACAGGAAGAAUGGACGAGCCUCUCUGGCAAGCUCUGUAUCUCUCUGUCUUGAACUCCACCGUUAGCUCCAUUCAAGAUAGUGCAAAAGCAAGAGAGAUUGCUGGCGUCGAUCUGCGGGCGGUGCAAUCCAGUCAGCAGCUGUUCGCGGCAAUGGUACAGACUCUCUAUGACUCGAAUUUCCUUGAAAACCUCUCAAUUCGCUCCGUUCAGGCAAUUGCCAUCUCGACAGAGGUAGCCCAUAAUCUUGGCCUGAGCGAACUAAAUGCGACUUUGUUCAAUGCAGCAGUACGCAUUGCCGAGUGUCUUGGAAUCCACAAAAUUCAGGACGAUCCCAUGAACGUUCCUCAGGGCAGAGAAGCAUGGGACGAGAAAGUGGAGCGAGAAGUGGGCAAAAGAGUAUGGUGUCAAAUGAUCAUCCAAGACCACUUCGCCAUCCCCUUUACCGACAGCUAUAGUAUCUCGCCAAUGCAUUACUCUACAAGUCGUCCGAUGAAUGCAAGCGAAGAUGACUUGAAGGAUCAGCCGAUUACCAUUCCCACCAUAAGCACUUAUGUUCGCGUGCUCGUGGAGCUGGCAUACUUGAUGCCGGGGCUAGUUGAUGGACUCGGUCCAAUGAAAGCCCGAAAGCCCAUGCGAGAGCAAUACGAGCAUAUACUGCAGAUAGACCAGAAGAUGAGAGGCGUUGUAAAGAACAUACCUCCGUUUCUUCUGCGCGCGGACAGAUACAAAGAAGCUCGCAUCCCUUGGCUCGCUAUUGCCCGGCGAAGUCUCGCCAUCACUGCAGCCGAGAAGAUCAUCAUGAUCCAUCGGCCCUUCCUCUUCCGGUCUUUCAAUGACCAAAACUACAUCUAUACAAGACGGACAUGUGUUGCAGCUGCAAUGACCAUUCUGCGCGAGCACGAGGUGAUUGUCAGUGAAGAGGAUGUCUCCAUCUGGACUCAUACCGCCUUUGCAAUCACCGCUGCAGUCAUCUUAUGCUUCGAAGUGAACGCAAUCGCGGAAGAUCAACCCGAUGUCGCGCAAAGCCACAGGGAUGCAAUCGUGGCUGCCCGCCUCCGUCUCGAUGCUCGAAUCAAUGACGUCCUUGCUCAGCGAGGCGUUGCACUGAUCGAUGCAAUCUUUACUGCUGAUCCUGCCUUAGGUUCACCGGGUGCCAGUAACAGGACGAUUGACUUUAUGGAUAUAUUGGCCAAGUUUUCAACAUUCGCAAGAAUGAGUCUGGGCCCUGAUACAUCUGACACAGCUGUUGGUGGGUUCUCCAAUGCUGGCUCCCAGGAUGUGAUCGGUACACAAUUCGAUGAGAUACCGCCUUGGCCGCAGGAUAUUGAUUUUGAUGCUUGGUUCACUGAGACUUUUCACACUCUACCAGAGCCUCUUCAGUAUUGA